ACGGUGCAUUCCAGAGAGAGGGAGAGAUGGGAACCCAAAUGCAAAGUACUUUAGUAUAGGUAAGCGAGAGAAACAAAUUUCUUGCAAUCGAAGGUACCCUUUUCUCGGGCUUCUCUCUUCGUUUCUUCUCCGUCAAUCAAAAACCCAUCUUCCAACUUUUUCUGGGCACUGUUCUUCUCUCCGCAAGCAAGCGUUUUGGGUGACAGAAAUAGAGGAAUCGGAGCCCUAGGACAGGUACGGAAUUCUAUGGGUCGUGAAUCGGUCGCUCUUGUGACUUCUCCGUCGGCGGCGACGCCGAAUGCUCCGGCCUCUGCAGCGUCGGCCACGGCGUUGGCUCCUGGGUUCCGGUUUCACCCGACGGACGAGGAACUCGUCAGCUAUUACUUGAAGAGGAAGGUUCUGAAGAGACCCGUCCGUUUCAACGCGAUUGGGGAGGUCGAUAUCUACAAGCACGAGCCCUGGGAGUUAGCAGUUUAUUCGAAAUUGAAGACGAGGGACCAGGAAUGGUACUUCUUCAGUGCAUUGGAUAAGAAGUAUGGAAAUGGUGCUAGAAUGAAUCGUGCAACGAACAAAGGGUACUGGAAAGCUACUGGAAAAGACAGGGAAAUUCGCCGUGAUACCCAGUUGAUUGGCAUGAAGAAGACACUUGUGUUUCAUAGUGGCCGUGCCCCAGAUGGGCUACGGACCAAUUGGGUCAUGCACGAGUACCGCCUCGUUGAAUAUGAAGUGGAAAAGAACGGAAGCAUGCAGCAAGAUGCAUAUGUGUUAUGCAGAGUAUUUCACAAGAAUAACAUCGGGCCACCAAGUGGGAACCGUUAUGCACCGUUCUUGGAAGAAGAGUGGGAUAAUGGUGGGAAUGGAAUGGCUCUCAUCCUCGGAGAAGACGUUAGGGUCAUGGGGGAGUCCGUACCUGUUCUCGAGGAUGCCAAUGGCAGUAAUGAAUUUGAUCAGGAGAUACAGUCGAUGAGCAAGGAUCUCAUCAAUAUCAAUGAGCUCCCGAGAGAGACUCAGAUCAAUAACGAAUCCACGAGAGUUGUUCCCAAGCCCGACAACUCGCUCAAACAUGAACGCUCCGGAGAAGGAGGAGAAGAAGAAGAAGACUGUCCUCCUCCUCUGCCUCCUUGCACGCUGAACAAAGAAGCGCCCUUACCGCUCCUCCAAUACAAACGUAGACGUCAGAACGAGUUGAUGGGAAACUCCCAGAACUCGAGCCGGACCACUCAAGACCACUGCUCAUCCACCACUACAACCUUGACUUCAUCCGCUGCUACAAACACUGCCAUCUCGGCCCUGCUUGAAUUCUCCCUCAUGGGAACCGCCACCGAUAACAAGAAAGAAAACCCGCCAUUGAAACCUCACAAGGAACUGUCUGCUCCUCCUCCUCCUCGGGUGGGAAACAAAGCCGGGGAAGUGAGAGAAGCGACUCUGAUGAUUCCGGAGAACUGCACGAAGCUGAUAGAUGAUCUGCAGAAGGAGAUUCAUCAGAUGUCGGUCGAGAGAGAGACAUUCAAGCUGGAAAUGAUGAGCGCAGAGGCGAUGAUCAGCAUUCUUCAGUCCAGGAUCGAUGCUUUGCGUCAAGAGAACGAGGAGCUUCGGAAGAGCGGCCCCGUCAAGGGACAAUGAACGAGCAAUCUCAGGUUCCGCCCUUUUCCUGGUUCGUCAAUUGCCGUAAUUUAUGUGCUACCCUCUUCGUUUUCAGGUUCUAAUAUGAUCGAGACCUCGAUCUCGGAUGUGAAUUCUCUCUGUUGUAAAAUUAGGUUAAGUAGGAACAGAGACAGUAUGUUUCUAUGUUCCGUGUCUUUCGGGAACAUCUGAAGUCAUGCUCUGUUUUUCAUAUAUUGUUCUAUCUUAGUUUUGUCCUGAACUCCAUUGGAAGUAAGAGCUAAUUUCCGAGAGGUUCUUGGUGUUGGUAA